UGUUCUGUUGUCACAAUCGCCUCUCUUCUUAGAACAACCGUUAGAUGGCGGCCUUUUGGUGACGUAGCUCGCACAAACUAACAAACGAAGAAGAAAAUGCGGAAGUUGGCGACAUCACUUGCCUGAGAGCCAACGUCAAAUGUCUUGUGUUGUAGCAUUUGUACUUAUUUCAGCACAUAUGGGUGACGUAUGGUAAAUGGCUAAAGUGAACGGCCAAACUUUUAAAAUUAGCCUUUUUAGUACGUUUGUUUGCUAGCUGCGGAGGUUAUCCAGUAGAGAGCAAGUGUGAUUGUGUGGAAAAUGUGUAAAGUCCAAAUACUGAGAGCAUUGAUGGAGCAGCGACUAAAUGCUGCUGUUGAGGAGAUAUUGGGAUUAUUUGAAAGAACCAUAGCAGAGUAUGAGGAUGAACUUUCGCGAACAAAAGAGGAAACAGAGCGACAACGCCAACUACUGGACGCUGUUCUCAAACCUCAAGUUCGGUUACACAGAUCAGCUGAUGUAAACAGAUGUUGGCCUGUCUGUCUGCCAGUGAAGACAGGGCGAAAGCGCAAUCUGCUGUCUGUCUUCUUCUUCAGGACCACAUCUCAGGUUUUGGAAGCAACUGGUCUGUUGUCAACACAGAGUGAGCUGAGCAAAAGGGUCCGUUGUUGUCCUGCAGGCACCCAGCAGGUGUUGGUGGGGAGUGAAGAAGAGUUGCCCUCCGAGCAGCAGGAGUGGAGUGCCAAUGUGCGACAGAAGGAGCCAGAGCCCUCUCGCAUUAAAGAGGAAGAGGAGGAAUCAUGGGAGCAGCUUCAGGGACUGGAGGAGGCGGACAUCACCAAGUUGAUAUUUACUGGGGUUGAUAUGAAGAGCGAGGACAAUGAAGACAAAGUUCAGUCCUCACAGCUUCAUCACUGUCAAAGAGAGGAGAACAGAGGGGCAGAGCCUGUGACUCAACACAUGACAACAGAUUCUUAUGGCGAGGACAUGAUGUCACUCUCUCCUGAGACCGAUCUCACUGGUAACAACAAAGGACCUCCGAAUAGCAAUAUGGACUCUAGAGGUGAUGUGAAACAUCACACUGACAACAAACACUUGUUUGAUUGCUCUGAGUGUGGGAAAACAUUUGACCAAAGGGGAAAUUUGACAAUACACAUGAGAAUACACACUGGAGAGAAACCCUUUGCUUGCUCAGUGUGUGCUAAAAGAUUCUCCUUAAAGGCAAAUUUGAAAAGACACAUGAUCGUACACACAGGGGAGAGGCCCUUUUCCUGUUCAUUUUGUGCUAAAAGAUUCAGAGAUAACUAUGACAUGACGGCCCACAUGAGAAAACACACAGGAGCACAUUUGACCUCAACACAUGACCUAUUAACUCAACACAUAAGAACAGAAAAUGAUGGGGAGCAUGGAGGAUCACAAGCAGACAUCAACUUUGCUCCACUGUCAUAUAUGAACAAUAUGAUGUCACACUCUUCAGAGACCGAUAACAGUAACGACACUGAAGAACCUUUGGAGGGUAACAAGGACUCUAAAAGUGACACAAAACAUCAGACUAAUAGCAAACACUUUGACUGCCCAGAAUGUGGGAAAUUGUUCACCCAGAGGGGAAGUUUGACAGUACACAUGAGAAUACACACCGGCGAGAAACCCUUUACCUGUUCAGUUUGUAUGAAAAGUUUCUCAAGAAAGGAAAAUAUGAUGACACACAUGAGAUUGCACAUGGAAGAGGAAAAAUAUCCAUGCUCGCUUUGUCCCAAAAGAUUCACUUGUAAACGGUCUGUCGAGACACACAUGAGAACGCACACUGGGGAGAAACCGUUCAGUUGCAACGUGUGCCAUAAAAGGUUUACUUAUAAGUUUCAGGUCGCCAGACACAAGUGUGUAACUGUAAUGAAGACAUUUUAACAGCAUCCAAACAGUUGAAUUAGCGAGAAACUCAAACAGUGAUUGUGAUUACAAUGUGUAAACCUUAUGUUUUAUGUGGUGCUUGUCAUCUUCUGUUGUGUAUUUUUUUUUAAUUUAAAGUUGUACUUUUUUACAAAGAAAUUUGUAAAUAUAUCAUGGGUUGACAGACACAUAACUGUUACUGGAUUUCAUUUUGUAGAUAAAUAGAAAUGGAAAGCUGUCAUGUCAACAACGUGGCUGCUGGCCUUCUACCAUUCCUCCGUUGAGAGCCUACUGACGUACUGCCUGACCAUCUGGUACGGGAGCUGCACUGCUGCAGACAGAGAGAGGCAACACAGGACAGUCAAAGCAGCACAGAAGAUUAUUGGCUACCCUCUCCCCUCCCCGACAGACCUCUACAACUCCCGGUGCGUCAGCAGAGCUCUCAGCAUCUUCCAGGACAUAUGUAUCAGGGUACGGACAAACAGACUAAAAAACGGUUUCUUUCCUAGAGCCAUCAUCUCCCGCAACACUCUGUAACCAAGGCGACCAAUCUUCCUGUACAAUCUAAAUCCUUAUUUAUUCUUCUAAUUCUUUAUAUUUUGUACUGUUGUACUGUCUUGCACUGGAAAUUGAGCUGCUGCAAUUUCAUUCUACUGUUAAUACAGUAUAUGUAUGUAUAUAUAUUA